UGAGGACUAUCCAUUGAGUUGGAAAGAAGUGUUAAAAUUUAAGUGUGAGUCUAAGUUUUACGUUGACCAGAAAUGAGAAAGUAGAACACUAUAUAAGAAUCAUGAUUCAUAAAUUUAUUGUCUUAAGGUUUUUGGUUGAGAGUGGUGUCAAUAUCUUGUAUGGUUAGGUUCAAAUCUCAUUGGUGUUGUUCUUUCCGUAACCCCAUGUGUAAAUCCUGACAAAAAGGUAAUCAAAGCGAAAAGAAAUUGUGUUUUGAGAAUUUAUGAGUAUUCAAUGUUUUGAGUAUGAGUAUUCAAUGCUGAAUUUUCCGAAAUUACUGGAAAUUGGAAUAAAUAGAGAGAAACACCAUUCUUCAUUCAUCUCAUUCCACCAUUCUUCAUUCAUCUCAUUCCGAUCCAAACAAAGAUGUGCACUUUGGAGAAGAGAGGCAACAUUUUCAUCCUAACCCUCGCCGGCGAGGGCGAGCACCGUCUCAACCCGACUCUCCUCGAUUCAAUCCAAUCCUCCCUCCGCCGCGUCCGUCAAGAAGCCACCGGUUCCUCCGCCCUCAUCACCACCGCGCACGGCAAAUUCUUCUCUAACGGCUUCGACCUCGCGUGGGCCCAGUCCUCUCAAGAGCGCAUGAUCCUGAUGGACUCCCUCCUCCGCUCCGUCGUCAACGAUCUCCUCACGCUCCCCAUGCCGACCAUCGCUGCCGUCACCGGCCAUGCCUCCGCCGCCGGCUUCACCUUCGCCCUCGCCCACGACUACCUCCUCAUGCGCAGCGACAGGGGAUUCCUCUACAUGAGCGAGCUCAACAUCAACCUCGUCCUUCCCGUCUGGUUCCACGUUCUCCUCGAAGCCAAGGUCGCCACGCCCGCGGCUCGGCGCCACAUCGUCAUGACCGCGGCUAAGCUCAAAGCCGAGGAUGCGCUUCGGCUCGGCGUCAUCGACUCCGCUCACUCCAGCGCCGGUGAGACCGUUGAGGCUGCGCUUGACUUAGCCGCUCGUUUGAUCAAGAGAGGGUGGGAUGGACACGUGUACGCUCAGAAUCGGACGGUCUUUCUGCGUCGCGUGAUCGAGGCCGUUGAAGACACCUCUCAGACUUCUACUUCACGACUUUAGUUGUUGUGUUACAAAUUAGCCUUUAAAUCUCGUUGACCUCGAUAGAAUAAAAUACACAAGUGUUUUUGAAUUACUUUAUUUGGAAUAAAAAAUAACAUUUUAUUUUAUUUUGUAGGUUAUAAUUUUUUUAAAAAUUUUGUAUAAAAUGAGAAGUCGAGUUUAUGUU